GAGAUGAGCCGCUUCCUGAACGUCCUCCGGAGCUGGUUGGUGAUGGUGUCGGUCAUCGCCAUGGGCAACACCGUGCAGAGUUUCAAAGAUCACAGCUUCCUGUCUGAGAAGCUGUACACGGGGACACCAGAGUUUGUGAACGGCCUCCAAGCUCGGACAUUUGGCAUUUGGACGUUGCUGUCAUCCAUUAUUCGCUGUGCCUGUGCCAUUGAUAUUCAGAACAGAACGUUGUAUCACAUCACCUUGUGGACAUUUGUGCUGGCGUUAGGCCACUUUCUGUCUGAGGCCUUCAUCUACAAAACUGCCCCCCUGACGAUUGGAGUCAUGGCGCCGCUCAUCGUUGCAAGUUUUUCAAUCCUAGGGAUGCUCAUUGGAUUCCAGUGUAUCCCAGAGACUCAGGAGGAAGUGGGAGCCCGGCAGAAGAAGCGGAACUAG